AUGAAUCUCACUUCAUUCAAAUUGGACAUUGAUGAGCUUAUUGAUGAAUUUACUCAGGGUGGAUCAACAGCUUUUGCUAACAUGAAGAGAGUAUGGCUUUCGAAGAAGUUCUCUUACAUUUAUGAAGCUAGUCCUUCUACCAACCUGGCCUUCUUUAUGCAAUCUCUGUAUGCCAUUCUAUUGGUAUAUUUGUAUCCUAUAAACUCUUGCAGCAGCAAAUUGUUACGCUGUUACAUGGUCGGCACUGCCUCCUUUUUGCACAGAUUGGGUGGCCUCUAUUGCCUCUACUGUUUAUAUGAGACUCAACCAUUUAAACCUCCUUUCAGAGUUUAUCUAUCCCUUGGGGAGUUAAGGAAGCUUAGACUCCUUGUUGCCGAGGCAAAUGCAAGUGAUAUUAAAGUCGUACCUACUUUGGUUAGAAGAAUGCUAGAAAACAAUAUGUUCCUUUUUGGCGCUGUUGACUUAAUGGAAGGCUCUGUUGCAGAGACAGUAAACCAACUCGAACAAUUACAGAAUGCUCGUAUACAAGUUGCAUAUGAGAAGUUAUUUGAAAAUACUCCGAUUGAGCAAUACAUUCACAUGGACCUUGGCACGGAGAUUGACUUAAAUUCGCUGAAGAAAAUGUCAUCUGAAUAUGCAGAGGCAAAGAGCAUGGCCAUUAAAGAAGCAAGCAAUGAUAUAGAUGUGGAGAACAUAAAGCACAUAUCAGAAAAUAAGGAACUUCUAGGAGAUGCUGCAGAAAAGAUUGCUGAUGAUUGGCAAGCCCAGAAAGAAAGCUUCUGUAAACAAACAGGAUUCGAGAAUGAUAAAGGAUUUGAGCAGGAGCUGGAACAGCAGCUUCUAGAACAUGAGAACAAUGGUGAGUUUAGUCAGGAUGACAGACAAGUGUCCGAAUCUUGA